AUGAUGGCUGAAACGAGUACCGUGGGGUGCAGCAUUGGGAUGGAUACUGCAGUCAGGUCGACCUCCUAUAGGCCGCUUUCGGUUAAGCUGAAGAUUCCGACCCGAGUCCAGCCUGAGGUGAGUCCCCCAGUGGGAAUGGAGGGUCAGUACACCAAUAAGAUCAAAUACGUGGAAAAGCAUCUGUUGCGUAAGUUGGUGAAUCAAGAUUUUGCCGCUCCUUUCAUGGAACCCGUUGACUCAGAGGCUCUCAAUGUGCCAACCUAUUACACCAUCAUCAAUAAUCCCAUGGACCUGGGAACCGUUAUCCAACGUGUCGAGAAUAGAUACUAUCGCAGUGUGAAAGAUCUCAUCCAUGAUCUAAGGCUCAUCGUAACCAACUGCUACACCUUUAACCGAUCCUACUCCAGCAUAUAUCGCAAAGGCGUGCAGUUGGAAAAGUUCGUGCUCAAGGUUCUCGCGAAAUUGCCGAGGGGUGAGGAGUUGCCCUGCAGCAAGGAUAAUCCGGCAUUGGCACAGGUGAAGCUACAGUGCCAGUCCAAGCUUAAGCAGCUCCUAGAUCGCACGGAACAGAUGGACGAGCCUGAACGCGACUUCUUUCAAAGCAAAUUGAAAGAUCUCUCCCGAAAGGUGGACAAGAGCCGCGUCCACUCAAUGGAGAAUUUCGACAGACGAUUUGAGAAUAUGCUAAAACACUGCCACAACCGAGCAAAGCACAUCUUCCAGCUAUGCGAAAGUGAUCCCAGUCAAUCAGUCCCAAUGGCAUUGGACGACGACGGAAAUGAAAUCCCUCUGCCCAGCGAGGAUUUCAUCAAAGUAUUUGGACCCGGCAACUGGCCUAGCCACAAACCGCAUCUCAAUUGGCAGGACAGCUUGAUCAGCGCCCUCAACAUAACGGCUGAUGGCCUCAAAGAAGCUCUGGCUAAAUGUCAACAAGAGAAACCAAAGGAGCAAUGGCAACAGCAGAAAUUGAAGGAGAUUAAAAAAAGUCAGGGACAGACAUUGAAGGAGGAGAAGGGUCAGGGAGAAUUGGAGAGAAAGGUACAGAAGAAAGAGGAGGAGAAGCUGCCCUACACAAAGAAGCUUCAACAGAUUUUGAUCAGCGCCAAGAUUAUCGACCAAGGACGGAAUUUUGACACAAAUCUAGCUGAAUCCUCCGACGAUGAGAAGGGAAGAGUGAAGCCUAAUUUCGUUAGUGUCGAGGAGCGUCGCAUUCUUAAGAUGCAGUUCGAGCAACUGUCUCCAGAGUCGAUGCAUGACGUCAUGCAUAUUAUUGAGCAAUCCGAACAUGGUUGUGUCAGCAACACUGAUCGGAAGUACAACGUCAUGUACUUCAGACCCCUGACCAUAAGUCUCAUGAAGAGGGCCAUGGAUAGUGCUAGCGGCUUGCCGAACAAGGCCAAGAAGACUCCAGCGAAACGAGCCCCCAAGGCGAUUCAGGAACCCAAACCCAAGCGUACCUACAAACCACGCAAGAACGCGCAGCAGAAGGCCCAGGACAUGACUUCUGGCGAGGAUUCAAUUGCGUCAUUCAAUGAUCAUCAGUUCCAGAUGCCAAUGCCAUUGAAUGAUCCUACAGGUCCUCAGGAAGGUAACACUCAAACCAAACCCAAACGUACCUACAAACCACGGAAGAACGCGCUGCAGAAGGCUCAGGACAUGACUUCUGGCGAAGAUUCGAAUGCGUCGGUCAAUGAUCAUCAGUUCCAGAUGCCAAUGCCAUUGAAUGAUCCUACAGCUCCUCAGGAAGGUAACACUCAAACCAAACCCAAACGUACCUACAAACCACGGAAGAACGCGCAGCAGAAGGCCCAGGACAUGACUUCUGGCGAGGAUUCAAUUGCGUCGGUCAAUGAUCAUCAGUUCCAGAUGUCAGUGCCAUUGAAUAAUCCUACAGGUCCUCAGGAAGGUAACACUCAAACCAAACCCAAACGUACCUACAAACCACGGAAGAACGCGCAGCAGAAGGCCCAGGACAUGACUUCUGGCGAGGAUUCGAAUGCGUCUGUCAAUGAUCAUCAGUUCCAGAUGCCAAUGCCAUUGAAUAAUCCUACAGGUUCUCAGGAAGGUAGCACCCAAACCAAACCCAAACGUACCUACAAACCACGGAAGAACGCGCAGCAGAUGGCCCAGGACAUGACUGCUGGCGAGGAUUCGAGUGCGUCUGUCAAUGAUCAUGAUUUCCAGAUGCCAAUGCCAUUGAAUAAUCCUGCAGGUCCUCGUAAAUAUAUCAGAAAGAAUAUGGGGACGGGCAAGCGAAUCUAG